UUGAAAAACAAACGUAGUGAUGAAAGCCUCCCAGCCAAAAAUGUAAAGAAGCCUAAAAAGGCUGAAGUCAACUUUUUUCCUUCACACCCUGCUGGCGAAUCGGAUGAAAGUUUAGAAAAUGUCAGGCUUGAACUGUUGAACGAUGUCAAACAAAGAAACAGUGCACUGUGUAUAAAACAGAAGAUGUCAAAAACAUUCUCCUACAGAAGAAAAGAGGUGGUACAGGAAAAUCCAGCUGCCGGAGAGUUUAAAGCCAGGUGGCCUGCACUUUUUCAUAUUGAUGAGAUAAAUGCUGAAUUCCAGCGCAUAACAACAAUCCCACUUGAAACAACCUUCAUGGUGCAGUUGGACAGCCAUUUACCCCAGCUGACAUCAGUUUUCCAGAAGAAGGGAUGUGUUUCUGGCCAGAAACUAGCCACACAUCUGGCGAUCUUGCAAGAGGUUCCUAAGUCCCGGCUCAAGAAUAAAGGUGACCAGGCUGCUCUCUGUCUCGGGCCUUCCAUGUAUGCACAUGGAUGGGCAGGGAGGUGCUCUCCCUGCCUUAUGGCUUUCCACGCGACGAGUGAUGUCAAUCUUAAAAGGGCAGCAGUCCUAAAGGCACUUUGCAUCUACCUUGGCGAGGAUGUUGGACAUCUCAUUCGGGAAUAUAAGGACAUUGAAGGAGAUGACAUCCAGAGAGACCUGCAGAAAUCCACCAUGGGCAUAUAUGUCAUCAACAAGGAGGGUGGAGAAAUUGGAGCUCAUGAUGACAUUGGCAUUUAUGUUGAAGGAGUAAUCAUUCUGGACAACAUUGGAUCUGUAGCCCAAGCAUGUGCAAUGAUGCUGGGAGUCAUGUAUGUACUGAACAUGGCUUACCCCAAAGAGCUGAAAUACUUUUAUGAAUUCAUUCAGAAAGUGCUCUUGCAAAUGGAUGGUGAAAGGCUUUCCCCCAAAGUCCUUGGACUAAAGAACAAAAUCAUUGCUGGACUGUAGGAUUUCUUCAGCCGCUCUUGUGAACCUUGCUAAGCUGCAUUGUUAUUUCUGGUUUGGGAGGUGAUAGAAAACAUUUAGUAUGAUGUGAAAUGCAGCCCCAGAAGGUGUUUCGAACUGAAGUGAAUGGUGGACUGUAAUAUUCACACAGCCACUGGUGUGAACAUUUAAAACUGUACGAUGGAUUUUGUGGAAUAUUCA